GCCAUCGUCGAAAGCGAUGAAAUAAUGGGAAGACAAUCAGUUCAAAAUGUUGUGGAUUCUUUCAGCGAUAGAAUAUUUCCAGGUCUGUCGGAUAUACCUCAAGAUUUCUCAUUCGUAUCGGGUCAAAGUGACAUAGUUUAUGAUGUCCAAUCAAGUUUGGUACUGCAAAUGUCACUAUACUUCAACUUGGUCUACUACCCAGUGUGGCUGGCGAUCAUCCUGGCAUCAUUUGUGGCAAAGCACCAAUGUUUUGGCUGGUUCUCGUAUCUCCUUCUUGGAAUUGGAGUCUCUGCCUGCUGUGUGACGGAAGCCACCAGGAUCUACUUGGGCAUGUCUGGCAACCUGAGCGAGCAAGUGGCAGAGCUGUCCACCUUCUGGUUCACCACACUCCUGGUCCAGCUGCCACUUGUGACAAUCAUCCUGAUCGUGGCACUCAGCCUGAGCCAGAUCCUGGAGAUUGUCGCCUUGUCCAUCUCCAGUCUCCUGAUGGCAGUCCAGCUGUGUGUCUCGUUCGCCACACUUCGUAACGUGGCCCGCCUUCGCCAAUUUUAGAAACCUUGAGCCAGGCGAGAGAGAAACUAUACCUCUACGUCUCUCUCUCUCUCUCUCUUACUUUAAUUUCCACCUCGUGUCGACAGGUUUUUCUUUCGUUAUAAAAGCGCAUCAGGGUUCUGUGUGAGACGACGAAAAAGAAUCAGAUAGACAGAGAGAGAGAUGAAAAUGAAAAUGAAAAAGAGAGAGAGAGAACUCUUUUGGUAGUAUCUAUAUGCACGCGAACCGCUCGCUGGAAUUUUGUUGGGGUUUUUUCUUCUUUUUUCUGGCGAGUGACCAGCGACCUUGACAUGGCGGAAUGAAACACACACACACACAGACUCCGACUACUACGACUACUACCACACUAAACUAUACUCAACAAAUAAGCAGCAACCAAAUAAGUGAAAGGAGGUCCGAUGAGUCAGAGAAUCUCACAGGAUCGCCACAGAAGAAGAAGAAGAAGAAGAACAUCCAAAUGGUGUUUGGACAGAAAAACGAAGAUAGGGAGAGGGUGUGAAAAGAUAUCGUCUCAAGAGCUUGUUAUUUCCCCUUUUUGUUUUCUGUUUUGUGUCGCACACAAAUAAAACAAUUCGACAGGUCAUCGGCAUCACUACACUCGACGAGGUCACCACGAGUUUUGGGGGAAAUCUUUUUUUCGUCUUAUACAAGAAGAAGAAGAAGAAUCUGAAGGACUCGGAGACGUAUACCAGCAGCAGCAGCAGCUCGAUGCCUCUGACCUGUUGAUGUUAUACCUUGACCUGCUUUUCUCCCCUUCUGUCGUAUAUAACCAUUUUUUUUCUUCUUCUUCUUCUUCUUCUUUUGUCGCCCCUUUUAAUUCGUUUAAUCAACACGAUUAGCAAUUCCAAAACAUUUAGAUCUACAGGUGUAAUUGAUUGAUGGAUCAGGCCGGAGCACAGACACACUCACCUGAGACAUUUUGGUGGGGAAAUUCCCCAAUUUAAUACACACAAAAUUGCGAAAAUUGA